CGCUAGUAUUACGUGACCAAAUUAUUGUGUUAGGUUAAAAAGGUGGCUGAUUAAGGCGAUGAUAAUAACCAAAGUAUUUAUGUAGAGAGUAAACACCAAUAUCAAUAAUUAUUUUUAAUCUUACGUAACAGUUGAAAACGUAUGCUCGUGUUUCCAAGAUGGUUGUUUUUAACGCUAGAGGCUUAGUGCCGCCGGUUUUCACCGCUCUGAAUGAUGACUACAGUGUGAAUUAUGCUGCCAUUCCUGGUUACGCCAAUUAUCUGGCUUCGAAUGGAAUAAAAGGAGUCCUGGUUGGAGGCACUACAGGAGAAAAUAUGUCUCUCUCUGUAUCUGAAAGAAAGAAAAUAGCUGAUGAGUGGGUGAAGGCCGGAAAGAUUCACGGCUUGCACAUCAUGGUACAAGUUGGUGGGGCGCCUUUUGUAGACGUCAUUGAAUUGGCAAAACAUUGCUCGAAAAUCGGAGUGGAUUCGUUACUUACAUUACCGGAGCUCUACUUCAAGCCUCAAUCGGUAACCGAGUUGGUUUCGUAUGUUGAAUUGGUAGCGCAGGCUGCCCCCAACUUACCGGUUUUAUACUAUCAUAUACCAUUUAUGAGUAAUGUUGCCAUGAACAUGCCAGCUUUUGUGACAGAAGCGACAAAACGGAUCCCCAAUUUCAAAGGUCUCAAAUUUACCAGCAACGAUUUGUCUGAAGGGUCCCAAACUUUACGAGCCUUGAAGAAUGAUCAGGAGAUAUUCUUAGGAGCGGAUACUCUGCUGGCUCCAGCGGUACUUCUCGGUAUAAAGUCCAGUAUCGGUACCACGUACAAUCUGUUCCCGCGGCAAGCUCAGGAUAUAAUGGAUGCGGUAGCUUGCUCAGACCUUGAACGUGCUAAAGCUUUACAGGAACAGUUGAACAAAGCUGUAGAGGCUUUCACGGCCGAAGGCCCCUGGGUCCCCACUUUAAAGGCUGCGAUGGAGAUCGUUACCGGCAUGAAAUUCGGCCCCCCGGCCUUACCUCAAAGACCGAUUUCUGAAGCAGCGAGAAAAAGAAUUGAAGAAGAGCUUAGGAUUUUGAAACUAAUAAAUUGAAAAGAUACAAAAUAUAUAAAUGUUUGGGCACUCAAAUAUGUUAUUGAUUGUGAAUGUAAAAAUAUUUUAAUGCAUAAUAUA